GCAGCCGGAGCGGUUUGGGAAGCGCACGGGGCGAAGAUGGCGGCGGAACGACAGGACGCGCUGAGGGAGUUCGUGGCCGUGACGGGCACCGAAGAGGACCGGGCCCGCUUCUUUCUCGAGUCGGCCGGCUGGGACCUGCAGAUCGCGCUAGCGAGCUUUUAUGAGGACGGAGGGGAUGAAGACAUUGUGACCAUUUCGCAGGCAACCCCCAGUUCAGUGUCCAGAGGCACAGCCCCCAGCGAUAAUAGGGUGACAUCCUUCAGAGACCUCAUUCAUGACCAAGAGGAGGAAGAGGAGGAGGAGGAAGGCCAGAGGUUUUAUGCUGGGGGCUCAGAAAGAAGUGGACAGCAGAUUGUUGGCCCUCCCAGGAAGAAAAGUCCCAAUGAGCUGGUGGAUGAUCUCUUUAAAGGUGCCAAGGAGCAUGGAGCUGUAGCUGUGGAGCGAGUGACCAAGAGCCCUGGGGAAACCAGUAAACCAAGACCAUUUGCAGGGGGUGGCUACCGCCUUGGGGCAGCACCAGAGGAAGAGUCUGCCUAUGUAGCAGGAGAAAGGAGGCAGCAUUCCAGCCAAGAUGUUCAUGUAGUGUUGAAGCUCUGGAAGAAUGGAUUCAGCCUGGACAAUGGUGAACUCAGAAGCUACCAAGACCCAUCCAAUGCCCAGUUUCUGGAGUCUAUCCGCAGAGGGGAGGUGCCAGCAGAGCUGCGGAGGUUAGCCCAUGGUGGGCAGGUGAACUUGGACAUGGAAGACCAUCGGGAUGAGGACUUCGUGAAGCCCAAGGGGGCUUUUAAAGCCUUCACUGGAGAGGGUCAGAAACUGGGCAGCACUGCCCCCCAGUUGUUGAGUACCAGCUCUCCAGCCCAGCAGGCAGAAAACGAAGCCAAAGCCAGCUCUUCUAUCUUAAUCAACGAGUCAGAGCCUACCACAAACAUCCAAAUACGACUUGCUGACGGUGGGAGACUGGUGCAGAAAUUUAACCACAGCCACAGGAUCAGCGACAUCCGACUCUUCAUCGUGGAUGCCCGGCCAGCCAUGGCUGCCACCAGCUUUGUCCUCAUGACUACCUUCCCGAACAAAGAGCUGGCUGACGAGAGCCAGACCCUGAAGGAAGCCAACUUGCUCAAUGCUGUCAUCGUGCAGCGGUUAACAUAACCACCCCACUGGCUGCCUCACCACCCUCCUUGUUUCCCACGGCCGGCAGCUAUGUCCGUGGGCAUCUCCUCUCCCACCCCAUUGUGCACACCCAGCAGUCCAGUGCCACGUUUCCUUCGUAGCUCUGGGUUCUUAGAUCUUGGUUGGACAUUUGUUUUCUCCUUAGUUGCAUUUCCUGGGUUUUUGUGAUGAUCAAUGGACUUUAAUGAAAAGAAAAAAAAUAAAAACAACCAAACAAAUUGAAGGAA